ACUUUUCGUGACGUGACAACAACUUCUGGAAUUUCCAUUUUACCCCCCAUAUAUUCCGGUUAGACGUAGUACCACGUCAAAAAAAAACAAUGGUUCCUCUGCUUCGUCAUUAUCGUCACCGGACGACCACUUCCGACCUUCCGCUCUACGUUCAGGGAACCCAGGAUACGAUAUACCGUACUGACAGGUACAUUUUCUUCCUUAAAAUGUGCCACCGUGAACUUUUUUCCUUGCUGGAAAUGCGUUUCGUAGAACCGUACAAUGCGUUCGCGGAGCACGUGCUGUUUCGACGCCAUCUUUGCUUUGACUAAAUUCAAACUAGCAAAACCAAAGACGCCUACUGUUUCUAGGGAGCCCAAAGAGCAAUUUUCUUGGAGAAAGAAAAUUUUACGCUCUUUAUUUGAGUUACUGAAAGGUAUUGAAAAAAAUCUCAUUUUUUAUUUAACACCCGUUAUUGAAAGUGUCAACUAGAAUCACACUGGAAAAGAAAUUAGAAAGUAGCAAGUACCGUGGUUGGCAAAUGACUGGACUAAGCGUACCAUCGUAACUCCGCGUACCUGCAGGCAUAAAAUAGAUCCCAUUCGUGGUCCUUAGCUUCUUGUCCAGUAACUCUUAUUUCUACAUCCCCGUGGUGCCGGCUGGGGUACGAGUAACCAUAGUGAAGAUCGAGUAACCAACCCCGGUGGGAUCUUGGUCGUAUGCUGACGAACGUCUGUUCACCAUGGAGAUGCGGCUCAAAACAGCGUCUGAUCCCCAUGUCAGAGGCGGCUGAUCACUGUCUUCGUGCCAACGGGUGAUUGGCUGGUGGCCGAUCAAUGAAAGAAUGUCCAGAUUGAUCAGAACUAUCAACGUCCACAGCCCCCAUCUAGCUGGAACCGAUGACGAUAAAGAAGAACUCUAUGCGCAGCUAGAGCAUGAAUACGAUCGUGCUCCCAAAACACGACAUCAAAAUCGUCAUCGGUGAUUUGAACGCUCAAGUCGGCCAAGAGGAGGAGUUCAGUCCGGUAAUUGGUAGGUUCAGCGUCCAUCAGCGAACUAACGAAAACGGCCUAAGACUUAUCGACUUCGCUGCCUCCAAGAACAUGGCCAUACGUAGCACCCUCUUCCAGCACAGCCUCCAAUACCGUUACACCUGGAGAUCACCACAGCAAACGGAAACACAAAUUGACCACGUUUUGAUCGACGGUCGGCACUUCUCGGAUGUCAUCGACGUCAGAACCUAUCGUGGCGCUAACAUCGAUUCAGACCACUACCUGGUGAUGGUCAAACUGCGUUCUAAACUGUCAGUCGUCAAUAACAUAAGACACUAGCGCUCACCACGGUACCACCUACGACGACUACAGGAGCCGAACGUUGCUGGAACAUACUCGCAGUGUCUUGAGGCUGCUGCGGGUAGACGAACUGGAUGCUACUCCCCUCGAUGAAUGCUGGAACACAUUGAAAGCAACAAUUAGCAGCACUGCAUAGACCGUCAUCGGGUUAUGAACAACGAGGACAACGGAACGAAUGGUUUGACGACGAGUGGCGAGCGCUCCUGUACGAGAAGGAUGCAGCACGCGUAGCCAUGCUGCAACCAGCGACUCGACAAAACGUGAAACGAUACAGACUGAAGCGAAGGCAGCAAACACAUCUCUUUCAGGAAAAAAGCGCCGCCUGGAAGAGAAAUAGUGUGAGGAGAUGGAGCUGCUUUAUCGUUCUCGAGAAUCGCGGAAGGUCUUCACGAAUCUAAACGCCUCGCACAAAGGCUUUGUGCCGUGGGCCGAAAUGUGCAGUAACAAGAAAGGAGGAAACUUGACGAACGAACGCGAGGUGAUCGAAAGGUGGAGGAAGCAGUACGAUGAACACCUGAACACCGCUCAGACAGGAGACCAAGACGGCGUUGAGGAGGACUACACCGGUGCAGUGAACAACGAUGACGUACCACCCCCGACGAUGGUUGAAGUUAAGGAGGCCAUGAUUCAGUUCAAGAACCACAAAGCAGCUGGUAAGAAUGGCCUCGAAUUUGUCUACCAUGGCUCAUUGAUAACAAUUGACAACAACAACAGCUGUGAAAUUCGAAGACGCAUAGUCAAUGGAAGUCGUGCCUACUACGGGCUCCGCAAAUCUUUGAGAUACAACAAACUCCGACCCCGUACGAAGUGUACCAUGUACAAAUCCCUAAUUCGACCGGUUGUUCUCUAUGGGCACGUAGCAUGGACGAUGCUUGAAGAGGACUCACAAGCGCUUGGUGUAAACGCCGAGUGCUCAGAACAAUAUACGGUGGUGUACAGGAAUGCGGAGUAUGGAGAAGGAGAAUGAACCACGAACUGAUGCAACUCUACGGCGAACCCAGCAUCCAGAAAGUCGCCAAGGCAGGACGAGUACGAUAGGCAGGGCAUAUUGCAAGAUUGCCGGACAGCAGCCCUGCAAGGAUGGUGUUCGCAUCGAAUCCGGUAGGAACAAGAAGGAGAGUGAGGUGGCGAACGAGGUGGUUGGACCAGGUGGAGCAGGACUUGGCAAGAAUCGGUGCAGCCGGGAGUUGGAGAACUGCAGCCAUCGAUCGGAUUUACUGGAGAAGAGUAGUGUAUCCGAUCUAAUCUCAAUGGGAUGUAGGGUAAUAGUAAAUAAAUAAAUAAAUAAAUAGAAAAGUAAAAAGUACCGUGGAAUCGCUUGUUUUUUCUUCAAAAAAUACUAUCAAUCCAUACAUCCU